UUACUGCUCUCUACAUGUUUAUGUGUGAAUGCCUAAUACGUCGUGUGUUACCAAUUGCAUUGGUAUCUCAGCCAAUGGCUAGCGUUUGUUCAACGUCGUAAAUGACGACAGUAUUGCCCUGAAAUAGCUUUUACUCGGUACAUCAGGUAUGCGUUAUUGAUAAGCGACUUCCGCAUGUAUGUUUAGCGUACGUUUGAACUAUUUCAUUCUGUGUUGUCCUGUAGACGUGGCGUGUUACUCAAGCAGUUUUCGUCAAACACCAACCGAUGUCGGCGCCACAGACAUCGAAUGUACUUAUCAGUACGCGUAGUAACCAGCAUCUGUCUGCUGUAGGGGAUCCACCUCGCCUCACGUUUGUCACCGGAGCAGAUCAGAAACAGAGAAUACGUGAGACUUUCCUGUCCUGCACGAGCAUUUCAGAAACACAGAUGCCUCCAGUGAUGACCAUCACCUUCAGUCACGAGGUUAAGGGUCACGUGUAUGACGUCACAGCACGUGCAGACGGAACAGUCGAGUUGUUGGACCACAGCUCUCUCCCGUCAACCGCGUUUCAAGAUGGACGCCACUUCCUUAUUUCGCAGGAAUUUGAAAAGGAUGUGAGCUAUGUGGUGUUCCAAAGUGUCAAAUUUCCAGGAAACUAUCUCUGUUGCCACGACAACACUCUCCAACUACGGAACCCUCCAGAUGCUCCUGAGGAGAGAACUGCCUUUCAUUUUGACUUGAUGCAAAUUUAGUGAUAUGUAACGUGAUGCCUUUAUACGUCAAUACGGUUGUGUAUGUGUGUGUGUGUGUGUGUGUGUGUGUGUGUGUGUGUGUGUGUGUGUGUGUGUGUGUGUGUGUGUGUGUGUGUGUGUGUGUGUGUUCAGUUUCCCUGGGAGAACAGAAAUGUGAGAUAUCUAUAUAUGUGAUCAAACAAAGACACUCAGUCCAUUAUCAUGAUUGUUUGUUGUAUAAAGUGGACUUCCACUGUGAUCACAUAUCAAUGUCGAUAAACCACGAGUGAGUGAGUGAGUGAGUGAGUGAGUUGAGCAGCUGGUGGCUCGAAUUGUGUCCAUUCCUUUAUUGUGUCCUUUCCAUUCCUAAAUAAAGCUGAACAUGAUCCUGAUCAAUGGCAA